UGGAAGGGCUCGAGUUUGCUCCCGCCACCGCUCGGCUUCGCCAUGUCCAGUUCUCAGCUGAAGCGUCAGAGGAUGGAGUCCGUGCUAGACCAGCUCAAGCAGUACACCACCGUGGUGGCAGACACGGGCGACUUCAAUGCCAUUGAAGAGUACAAGCCCCAGGAUGCCACCACCAACCCCUCCCUGAUCCUGGCCGCAGCCCAGAUGCCUGCCUACCAGGGCCUGGUGGAGGAGGCCAUGGCCUACGGCAAGAAGCUGGGCGGGACAAAGGAGGAGCAGAUCACAAACGCCAUCGACAAGCUGUUCGUGCUGUUUGGAGCCGAAAUCCUGAAGAAGAUCCCUGGGCGUGUCUCGACAGAAGUGGACGCCAGGCUUUCCUUUGACAAGGACGCCAUGGUGGCGCGGGCCCUGCGUCUCAUGGAGCUCUACAAGGACGCCGGCGUCGGCAAGGAGCGGGUCCUUAUAAAGCUCGCAUCCACGUGGGAGGGCAUUCAGGCUGGCAAGGAGCUGGAGGAGCGGCAUGGCGUCCACUGCAACCUGACGCUGCUCUUCUCCUUCGCCCAGGCCGUGGCCUGCGCCGAGGCGGGAGUCACGCUCAUCUCCCCCUUCGUGGGCCGCAUCCUGGACUGGCACGUGGCCAACACGAGCCAGAAGUCCUACGAGCCGCUGGAGGACCCUGGGGUGAAGAGCGUCACCAAGAUCUACAACUACUACAAGAAGUUCGGCUACAAGACCAUCGUGAUGGGCGCCUCCUUCCGCAACACGGGCGAGGUCAAGGCGCUGGCCGGCUGUGACUUCCUCACCAUCUCACCCAAGUUACUGGGCGAGCUGCUCAAGGACACCAGCACGCUGGCACCCAAUCUCUCAGCCAAGGCUGCCCAGUCCAGUGACCUGGAGAAGGUGCACCUGGACGAGAAGGCCUUCCGCUGGCUGCACAACGAGGACCAGAUGGCCGUGGAGAAGCUCUCGGACGGCAUCCGCAAGUUUGCUGCCGAUGCCAGGAAGCUGGAGUGCGUGCUCACGGAGCGUAUGUUCAGCGCAGAGAAUGGGAAGUAGGCGGCGUGGUGCAGACCCGCGGGGUUGAGGACCCGUGGACGAAUGGUGGACGAAUCUUGCAUUUUCUACUGAUUGGAGUGGGGACAGAUCACAGAUUUCUGGUUUUUAUGCGAAAUUUUGCCUGGUGCAAUUAAAGCUGCCUCUUUAC